AUACAAAUAUUAAAAUCGAAAUAUUUUACAAGAAUAAAAAAAAAUGCCUCGAUUAACAAAUUUUCCCCUUGGUAAGUAUUUUUUUCCUUUCUACAUUUUCAAUAAAGUGAGUUUUCAAAAAUGAGAUUUUUUGUCAAGUUGGAAUUUUUUCUUCGAAAAUAUGGAGGAAAAUUGGAGUCGAGACGAAAAUUUACUUGAAGAAUUUUUGUGAUACAACUUCUUUGCAUGGUUUUCGACACAUCACGUCUAAGCAUAUGUCGCCUAAUGAAAAACGAAUAUGGACAGUGAUUGUAAUUACAGCUGUGGGAAUGUUCAUAUUUUUGACUCAAAGAGCCGUGGAAGCAAUGUUAAAUCAAUCAAUAUUAAUUCAACUCGAAAGUGUUGACAAUAGCAUGGAGCAAUUAGAUUUUCCAGCCGUUACAAUUUGCAAUCACAAUCAAAUUUACAAACCGAGGACUGAAAAAUUCAUGAAACAAUUAAACAGUAGCGGAUACACUGAAGAUGAAAUUCAAGAUUUUUUCCACUACUUACCGCUGUUAACGAGUCCACAACAAAAUUUAUUUGUGAAAACUAAAGUUUAUGAUAAAAUGUUUCAAAGUUUAAAAAUACCAUUAAAAACUCUAAUGCAUGAGUUGAUGCAACCCUGUGAAACAUUAUUUGGUAAUUGCGAAUUUCUGGGAAUCCUUACUAAUUGUACAACUUUAUUCAGACCAGUUGAAUCAUACAAGGGAUUCUGUUGUGCUUUCAAUUAUUACGUGUCGCCAACAAUUUUUGACAACAUAAAUGUGGAGAAAUGCACCAAAUUCUACAAUAAACAUUUAAACUGCAAGGAGGAAAAAGAUUGUUCAGACGAAAAGAGAAUUCAGAAAGUUUCUGGUUCUGGAAUUCAUACUGGACUUUACUUUCGAUUAUAUUUGGAACCGGAGAAUUAUUUUGGAUUCAUUAAUAGUUAUGAAGGCGCUUCAAUACUAAUUCAUGAACCUCAUGAUUAUCCUGAAUAUGAUAUUUACGAAUUGGUUGUUCAGAUGAGUAAGCAAGUUAAUGUUAUAGUAUCGGGGACAAAAGUGGAAAAUGAUGUCACAAUCCGUCAAUUAUCACAGGAGAGAAGAAAUUGUAUUUUUGACUUGGAGGUGCCGUAUAAAUACAGUUAUCAAUCUUGCAUCGCAAGUUGUAAAAUGAAACGUUUUUUGAAAAUUUGCUCAUGUGUCCCGUAUUACUAUCCUGAUACUUGUGUUAAUAUUUCGAAAAUUUGCGACUUCAGUAACAUGAAAUGCAUCAGGAAAAAUUAUGUCGAAAUAAAUAAUUUCCACGAAGAUGUAAAAUUAGAAAGUGGAAUGUUGCUGAAAAAAUGUCCCUGUUUGCAAGUUUGCUCAAAGACAAAAUAUAUUGUUUAUGAUGAAGUUUCCAGUAUUUAUCAAGGUCUACGACAUCCAUUUCUUGAACGACUUCCUAAUUCAAAUCGAGGAUCGGAUUUUGAUUUUGCAAAAAUUUAUGUCUAUUUUCAAGAUUAUACUUUUACGAAGUACAAAAAGCGAUUGAGUUCUCCUUGGUACACGACAAUUGGGACUCUGGGAGCUGUUCUUGGACUUUGUUUAGGUGGUUCAUUCAUAAGUUUACUGGAACCUAUUAUUCAAGUUUUCGUAACGCCCUGUCGAAUAAAAUACCGUGAGACGCAAAGAAAGAAAAUUGUCGUCAACGAUAGAAAAAAUAAUAAAUUUUUUCAAAAAUUUUCUUCAAAAAAUCGCAUUAAAAUAACAGAAACAAAUCCGAAUAUUUCAAUGCUUGAAAAUGAUUUUAAAAUGUAUUUUAAUUAC